GUGAGGGUGUUGUAACUAUGUCCACUCGGUGGAUGCUGGGUCGAAAAAAAUGGUCUACUAAAAUUGCAAAAAAUUGUUACCCCAUAUACCAUGAUCAGUUUGAGCUUCUUAACGACUCACUAAUAACAUGGAACCCGUGGACUGAGGCGCACAUUGAUAUGGUAUUUGGUUCGCAACACAUGCCAGUGGAAUGCGUGAGAGAUAGUGCCUUUUGGAUGACUCGCUGCAAUUUACUCUAUCUAUGGUUUGUGGAACCGUAUAAUCCUGACCGUGUCAUGAGACAGUUCGGUCUAUAUCAAGAUAUUCCACCACCGGUUCCAAGAUGUAUCGACGAAGAAACUCAUAAGAUGAGCAAUAUGGGCAGAUCUGGUGUGGACUGGAAUGCAGAAAACAUUGAAUGGAUAAAUCAGUGGAAUAAUGAAGCUCUACAAAAUAUAGUGCCUCAGCAACGAACGUACGAUGCAACUACGACAGAAGCGUACUAUAAUUGGUAUCGCAUGAGCACGCGUACUAGACUGACGAGUGAACCACCUACAAUGCCAACACAUCCAACGCAUAUGGAACAGUUGCAGAGACGGAUGGACACAUCAUCAGCUUACUAUCGUGACCCCGCGGUAAUAAUCAACAUCUUGCUAUUCAGGUCCAUCAUUUCAUGA